AGUAUCGUGAAGCACAUGAAUUCAGUCUGUUGUAUACAAUCGCCGGUUAAACACACAUUCAUCUUCUGCUGCUCGCACCCCAACAAAAUCGAACGAAAAACCGAAACGUAGAAAAAAAAGACGAGAUUCUACGCGCGCCAAACCUCAAUAUAUCACAUUUCAACUGACUUCUUUCAAGCAUAAACAGACAAUUUAUUUUGCUGAAAAACACAAGCAGAAAAAACAAACAAUUGACUUGGUUUUUUUUCUUCAAUUUCGUUAUAAAUUCUGAUUUCAUAAUUUAGCCAAAACAUUGAACGAAAAAAAAACAAUAACAAAAAAAAAAGAUUAAUUGUAAUGUGCAAGAAUCCGCUUUCGUUUUGAAAUGCAAAAAUUCCUUAAUUCCGUUUUGUUUCGUGUUUCGAGUAUUGAUUUUUAUCAACAGUCGACUCGUGUGUUAUAGAUUUGUAUUUCUAUUGUUUUGGACAAACGCAGCGAUAUGCAGCUAGUGAAAACGUGCAGAUUACACAAUAUUUACGAGAGACAGAGAGAGAAAUGAGAGAGAAAGACGAUAUGACCAUGCCGAAUGCUAAUGUGGCGUGCUAAAAUCAACAUCUAAUUUCUUGCAAUAAUUGAAUAAAUAAUUAAAAGAAAUAAAUUUAAACAAAACAAAAUAAAAAUAAAAGAAGAGUACGCGCGAAGAGACGACACUAACUCGAAUAAGGUUAAUUGCUAUUGCAGUUCUUGAUGUGUUUGUUGCGCCAAUGUGGAAAAAAAGACGUAUUCAAUAGAAAAGAUUCUUUUUUGUUUUAUUGAAGCGAGAAAAAAAACGAGCAACACAAUACGUGGCAAAUGCAAACAGCUGGGCCACAACAGACACCAAUCGAUCGAACUGCUGAUAAUAAUCUGAGCAGAGGGGAAAAAAUUGAAAUUGUCAUGAAAAUUUGAAUUAUUACGGUAAUUACGGUCAGAUAAAAGAAAUUGAAGGAGAAACGUUAGCGCAUUGAAAGAAAAUCGGGCGGAACGUUAAACGAUCUAUCAUGCCAGUGCUCUCUCAGCUACUGCUGCUACUGCUGCUGAUGUUGUUGGUUUCGUAGGAAAUUCCCAUUUUUUAAUUGCAUAAUUAAAACUGCGCCGAAAAGGCAGCAAGCAAUAACGUUGCAAUUGCAAUUGCACAUCUUCAUUAAAGGUUGCUGAUGCUACUUUUCUUCUUCGUCCCGUUUGGAGAGAUCGUGCAAACGAUUGAGCAAAAUUGCUUUGCUAUCGGUUUUUCGACUAUUACACGAAAAAUUUACGCUAUAAAAAAAACGCAUACGAAAAAUUGCUGCUGAAAUUAUCGGCGAAUUGUUAACAAUUUGAAUGAAACUACGUGAAAUGAAUGGAAAUUAAUGGGAGGCUCGCACAUUAUUUUGGCUACGCAUUUUGACAUUGUACUUGAACAACGUUGAUUGCUAUUUAUUUAAUCGAACAUUGCACACACACAGAGAGAGAGGGAGAGAGAGAGAGAGAGAAAGAGUGAGAGCGGACGCAGAAAAUAACAACAGUGAGCGAUAGCACACAACGAAAAACCACGUGUCGAAAAUUACGUGUAAUUUAUUAUUUAGAAAAAAAGAACGAAGAAAAAACGAGCAAUUUUGCAUGCAGAAUAAACCGAACACAACACACUGAACAAAAGAAGGAAAUAAAAAUAAACAGAACAUUUUUAUCGGUGGCCGCAUACUUGAGACAUUCAUGCCCGCCUGUCGACAGUGUACUUUAACGAAUAUAUCAAACAUCGAAUAUGUAGUGUGUGUGUGUGAAUGUGUGUGAAAUAUCCAAACGUUUUUGACACAUGUGUAUAGGCAAGUGAAAAACGAGAAAUCAGUCGCGCGUAUUUUGAGAAAAAGCACGCAGUGAACUUCGAACAAAUACAGUGUCACGGGGGAAAAGAAAAAUAAUAAUACAACGUACAUCGUACAUCGAGUACAUGAGAAGCGCAUCUUUCAACCAAAUGUAAAAUGUACUAUUUACAUCGUUUCAGCGAGGUGUGCGCUAAUGUGUUACAUCAGUAUUGAAAUAGGCAUUAGGUCAUAAUUAUGCGAUGGUACGAUAAGUCCAAUGUUAUACGCUUUUGUGUAAUAUUUCGCGUGAGAUUUUGAUUGCGGCUUUUGUAAAUCCGAGAAAAGAGCAUGGCAAUUAGUUUUGUGUAAUUAUGCAUGUACGUUGUUUGGUGUCAACAAGCGUCAUUUACCUUAGCGAAAGGCUCAUGCAACAACGUGCCCGCGCACACAAACACACGGUACACUUGAUUAUCCCAGGCCCAUCUAUUUGCCAGCAGGUGUGUGUAAUGUAAAUAGCAUACAAAAUGCACUUUUAACCAAUUUGACCUAUGCAAACACACAUCGAUUUCAAAUGGACAACUUUCUUCGAAUUCACCACAACAGCUAGUUACACGGAAGGGAGAAGGAGAGAGAGUGAUAGAGGGUGAGUGCCAAAUAGCCAGCCAAACGGAACUGCAACGAUACGCUGGCUGGAUAACAUUUUCUAUUGGAUUUUAACAAUGAAUUAUUUGCCCUGUCAUUAAAAAUGAUGAGUGUGUACGAGUGAAAUGCAACGGCGAUUCAACAUUUUCCGUACGGGCAAACGUUAUUAUACGAUUCCGUGUGCAAAAAUAUAAUAAUAGUCAAGUGGAUUUGAGCGAAAAUGCUUAUAAAUUGAGUGUGUAAUUUAAAUUCAGAUUUUGUCGAAAUUAUUUAAAUAAAAUCCUCCACUGAAAGAAAAAAAAAAAAUAAAAUAAUCAUACAUAUUUAAACAUAAAAUGGAAGAAGACGAAAAUGUGAGUGUAGUAAGUAGAGGUGGAAGUGUGUCAGGUGUGUCAAAUCGUAUUGGGUUGUCGUCGUCGUCGUCGUUGCAAGCAAUUACAACGAAAGCGCUUAACAUCGGCGCUAUUUUACAGGGAGUAGCAAAUAAAACCAUAGCUUUUAUGGCAAUCGCAUCGAAUACAAUAACUGCAGCAAUUGCUGCGAGCCAAUUUAGUGGUACGGAUUUGGAUGCAAUCGUUGGAUCUGAUAAUACGGAUGUCGACUACUUGCUCGAUUCGGUUGAAAAACGAAUUUAUCGUAAUCUCAGCAUAAAUACGCCAGUGAUCGUGAAACCAGUGACAGUUAACAACAGUGAUAGUGAUAGUGUAAAUGAAAACGUGACAAUGGCUAGUUUAGGAAACAAUCUAUUAGUUGCUGCCGUAACAAGUACAUUCAAUACAAUUAAAUGGAAUGAUACCGGCUUCGUGGCAUCGGGUAAUAUGUCAUCGAUAACUGAAAUCGAUGUUGAAUCAACGCCAUCGCCCAUGAUCGACGAUCAAAAUAAUUACUGGGCGUUGUCAGCGUUGAUUUUGGUACUUGGUACAGCUGCGGGUAAUAUUCUCGUAUGUUUGGCCAUUACAUGGGAGCGUCGUCUGCAAAAUGUCACAAAUUAUUUCCUCAUGUCGUUGGCCAUUACCGAUCUAAUGGUGGCCAUUUUAGUCAUGCCGCUGGGGAUUCUAAGUUUAGUGAAAGGUUAUUUUCCACUGGAAUCCGUGCAUUGUUUGGUGUGGAUAUGUUUGGAUGUAUUGUUUUGUACGGCCAGCAUAAUGCAUUUGUGCUCAAUAUCCAUCGAUCGAUAUUUGUCACUGCGAUAUCCCAUGCGGUUCGGCCGAAAUAAAACGCGAAAGCGUGUCACGGUGAAAAUUAUAUUCGUUUGGAUUUUAUCGAUUGCAAUGAGCUUACCACUGUGCUUGAUGUAUUCAAAGGAUCAUGCAUCAGUAUUAGUUGAUGGAACGUGCCAAAUACCAGAUCCUGUGUAUAAAUUAGUCGGUUCAAUUAUUUGUUUCUACAUACCGCUGCUGGUGAUGUUGAUAACAUACUACCUAACGGUUCGGUUGCUGGCGGCGCAACAGCAGAGUUUGUGUGGAGGUGGCGGUAGUGGUCCGGCCACAGGUACCACGACCACAACCACCAAUGGCAACCAAUCAAAUGGCUGGGGCAGCGGAUGGUUAGGUCAAAAAAAUAUCGAACGAAGGUGUACAUGGCGUCGCCUGCUGAAAACCAGUCUACCAUCGACACCAAAUCAUCCACAUUCUGCCACUUCAACUGAUACCGAGCUUUCAAACUUAGAUACGCAUGAAUUAUGGCUGCCAGACUCAAGCAUUCCAGAGCCAACACCAUCAACUAUGACCGCUUUGCAUCAGUUCGGUGCUGAGAUGUUGAAAUUGUCACGUGGAUUAGAUGCAGUGUCAUCAAUUGUUGUGCCUAUUCCGGCCAGUUCAUCGACGACAUGUGUUAGUAGUAUCACCGCACCCGUUCGCAACACAACCACCGAACAUAGAAAGCAACAAACGCCACUAUUAUCGAGUCGAGAACCGCCCCCACCACCACCACCACCACCACCACCACCAGCAUCGAAACUAAGCCGUGAACGGAAUCGGCCAAUAUCAGCGGCACGCCGUAACAAGAGCAGACGUCGAGCUUCCCAUUCAACAUGGUCAACGAGUGGAUUGAGACGAAGCGAUUCACAGGAUUCUGAAUUGAGUUUUCGCAAACGAUGCAGCAGUUUGCCGCGCAUCGAACAAGAUGACAUUGGUUUUGAUGAGCAAUCAAAUGACGAAAGUGAUGAGGAAUCGUCGGUGCAUCGGCAUCACAGAGAUCGUGUGCUGACGGAGACAGAGGACGACGGCGAAACGGAGGAAACGGACAUCAUGAAAAAUCGAAAAAAUCGCCGAAAUUCAACGGAACAAUCAAAAAGUCAAUUAUGCGUGCAUGAAAAACAGCAGCAGCAACCGAACGAUUCGAAUGGCACAAAAUUGAAUGAAAUUACAUUGCCACCGCCAUGCACAUGCCCAUACUUUGGAUCGGCCAAAUCGCAUGCACAGCGAAAAGCUGAAGUGCGAAUUGUAUCCGAAUUGAAUUCCGAAGAGCUAUCACCGCUUAUCCUCAACAACAAUCCAAUCGCAAUUGCAUCAAACAAGACAUCACGUCGUAAUUUCAGCACAACACCGCCGAGUGGUUCGGCAUUGCACAUGGGCAGUUCAGCGCCAACGUUACACUUAUUGACAGCACCCAGUCAUCAGCCGAUGUGUAAUUCAACCACACCAACACCAGCCGCAUCACCAACACCCGUUCCCAUUCGAAAGUUAAGCUUUUCAAUGACACCGCCGCAGACAAAAUCCAACACAGUUGUAACGUGGGACACGCGAAAGAGUCAAAAAUCACGACGCGGCUCAAGUUUUGGUGGCCAUCAAACCACAUUGAUUGCACCGAAACCAGUGCCGACCAUAACAUCAGCACUGCGACGUUCGGCAACACUUCGCAAUCACAAUAAUAUUUUGAAUGGAUUAGGGGGCAAUAACACGGCCGGCACCGGCAUGAGCACCACCCGUAGUAUGGAUAAUUCGGUUUCAAAUAUGUUGACUGUUAACAACAACAAAACCAGUUCAAAUAAAUCCACACCGUGCUUAUUCAAUCGUUGUGGAACGGUUCGAUCACAUCAUUCUCGCAACUCAAGCGUAAUGUCGCGGAAUUCAUCGCGUCACGGCCGAAUCAUUCGUCUCGAGCAGAAAGCAACCAAAGUGUUGGGCGUCGUAUUCUUUACGUUCGUAAUUUUAUGGGCACCAUUCUUCGUGUUGAAUUUGUUGCCAACAAUUUGCGGUGAUUGUGAACAACAGAUUAGUCAUUGGGUAUUUGAUUUUGUUACAUGGCUUGGAUACGCUAGUUCAAUGGUCAAUCCAAUAUUUUAUACGAUUUUCAACAAAGUUUUCCGACAGGCAUUCAAAAAGGUUCUGCUUUGCCAGUAUGGCGAAACAAAAUGGAGACCACAAAGAUAGCAAACGGUUAGCAGCAAAUCGUCGACCACAAAACUCAACAAACUCUAACACAUUGAGAAGCAAACGCGAUUCGAUCGAUGAUUUGCUGCUGCUGCCGCUACAACUCCAGCAAUCAACACGAAUUGAUGCAAUAAAUCGAAACUACAGUCAAUUUCAACGAGAGUAGAGCAAAAUAGACGCAUUCCCAAAAUAAGCUCAACAAUUGGUAAAGGGGUACAUAGGAAAAUUGAGCAUGAAAGCCGAUUUUCAUAUUAAAUAAUUAAAAAUAAAUAAAUUAGUUUGUGUGAGUUGCUGUUUACAUGAUCGAGGCCAAAUUGAACAAUUAACUGACCAAAAAUAGAUGGAAUUUGAAUAUUUUCCAAUGAAUCCAUUUAGGGUCAAUUGAAUGAGUUAAAAUAAUUGAAUCGAAAAGAGUGAUGAUGAUGUAAUUGUUCAUUUUUUUUGUUCGAUGGAAAAUUUACCAAGUAACGGAAGGUAAUGAAGCAAAAAAUAAAACCAAAUCUCAUCACGUAAUUUAAUUAUUCGUUAGGUAAUCGUUCAAUCCAAUACAUGUGAACUGAAAAAAAAUAUGUUACAUAAGUAAAUUUGCAUCCAUUCUAACGAUUCAACCAUAAUACUAAUAAUAUAGACAAUUGACAAACGCUCUGUAUCAAUUUUAUCAAUGUGAACACACAAACACAAACACACACACACACACACACACACACACACACACACAGACACACCAAAUGUUACCAAUGUGUAUACUGCUCUCGUAAAGCUUAGAUAGAUGUUUUACCUAAAAAAUAAAAAUGAAAACUAAUAAAAUAACUUUUAACAAUCAAUGAACAUAACAACCAAACUGUUUUUUUUUUCGAACGGACUAAUUUGGUUAGCGUUAAUUUUAAGAGGAAAAAAAUCCACAACUGACAGAUCCGAAUUUAUUAUUUUCUAUUUAAGAAAGUAUUUAUUUUUUUAAGUUAUGUAAGUGGAAAUCGAUGAUGCAAAUUCCAUUAUUUUAUUUAAUUAAGGUACCAUCUUCUGGAACGAACAAAAAUGUCAACCUGAACAAUAUAUUAAAACAUAACUGACGCAAACUGGGUUUUAAGAAAAAUAGAAAAAAGAGCUCAAUAAAAUUCAUACUCAUGUAAAAUGUCACCAACUGACAUACAAUACACAUACAAAGCAAAGCAAAGCAAAAAAAACCCAACUAAUUACCGUAUUUAAUAUAAAUGUUAACCCAUUGCCGUGACAUAAAUGCAACAAAAUGUUUCCAAUUACCAAACCAAUCAACCAAAUGAAUUAUUAUUAUAAAUGUAAAUCUCUGAAUGUGUAAAUGUGUAAUUUUAAUUGAAUUUGAAUCGUGUAUUGAACAAAAGAGGUUCAGGAGAGAAGAGUAAAAAUAUAAUGAAAUGGUCUCUAAACAUUUUAGAGUAUAAUUCUUGUUUAAACGAGAACCGACUAUUGAUUUUGACGGAAAAAUUUGAAGAAAAAAAAAGAAUCAAUUUUGUUUUCAAUUUUAAUUGAAAGGCUCAUCCAAAAGCUUUUGAACAGAAAAAUUUAUAGAAUUUAGUAAAUUAGUCUGCGAAUAAAGGGUGAAAAUCAAGACGACUUAAUUUUUAUUCUUAUUUUAUACGGUAGCAACACAUUGAUUUUCAUGAAAUAAUUUUAUUUCGAUAAAAUGACGGAACACUUUUUGUUUUGCCAAUUGAUGAUCAGAAUCGGUCGAGUCACAUAAUUCUUUAAAUUGAUCGGAAUAAUGCAAUCCGAGCGCUUGUAUUGUGGGCGCGUUCACAAUAAUCCUCAAUCAUUUUAUUAUGCUUGCAACCAAUAUACUUAACCAGAAUAUAAAUGUAACAAUUCUGAAAGAUAGAGAAAAUUCGGCUUCAACUUAUUAAAAUAAGUCUAUUUGCACACAUUCUCAAACCGAACAAUUUCAAGAAAUACCAAAUCAAUGUCACUGAAAAUAACUGUAACUUUUUAGCUGUUUAAGGCAAUUUCAUUUUUGGAACAACAAAAACACUUUUGUAAAUACCAUUUUAGAUGUAUAGAAUCUUGUCGUAGGGCUGUAGUUUUUAUAGAGUUUUGAUGGGGCGAAUGAAUUGACCAUUUAUUCGAGAAAUGAAGAAAUACUGAAAAGAAUACCGAAUGUACAGCGGACGCAAUGAAGCAUGUCGUGAAAUAAAUGUUUUGAUUUUUUUUCUUCCAAAUGUUAAAAAAAAGAGUUAUCGUUGUUUUAUUUCAUUUGAGAUGAAUAAUACAUUUCGUAGGAAAUAUCCAGUUCAGUGGUCAGGCACCCACACAAGCGUGCACAUGACAAUUCAACUACUUGUGUUGACGCGCAUAAUGAAUUUGAACAUUAUUAAACCGUUUUAUCUGUUGCUUUCAGCUCAUGGCAUCAAUACACGCAUACAUCCGGUCGCCGUUACGUUUCACAUUUCCCAUCAACGAUAUCUCUGCCCUUAGAACAAAAGCGACAAUAGAAAUGGAUGGAUAAAAAUAAAACCGAAUACAGAAAUGAUAAUCAUAUUUACUUGUUGACGUGAUGAAAAUAAUAAUAAUGUCGAUUGAUGUGAAAAGCUGAAAGUACGUUGCGUGUGGCAUUUGUAAUCAUUCAAAUUCGUAGAAUCACAUAUGCGAUACGAGUCAGAGACAGAGAGAGUGUGAGAGAGAAAGUAUAAGAGACAAAGACAGUGAGAUAACCAGAAGUGAAAAAGUUACGAAGAGGAUAAGCGGUAAUCAAAUAAAGUGGAAGGCAUCUAAGAUGUGAGCAAGUCAUAAUGCGUCAAAAUGUGUAUGUGCUUUUCGAUCUCGCAAAGCGACCAUAAAACUACCUACACGUAUCUCAAAAGUGAUCUGUGCUUGAGCUUGAAAAUGGCUCAGCAACGAAUAUUGGUUUUUUACGUCGACCAUAACGACAACAUUAUAGUUAUUGGCGAAAAAAUUUGUUCACAUCGUUGUAUAUUGCUUUGGAUUUGGUACAAACACAUCGUCGACGCUAAUAAAUUAAUUCAAUCCAAUGCCAGCGAGAUGCGAAUAUUGAUCAUCAUCGAUGGCGGCGGUUUUUCCAUAAUGGCAGCCAGAAAGAGAGAAAAAUGAAAAAUUAAAUGAAAUGUUCGUGCAAAGGCAAAUCUGUUGCCAUAAUGUUGCGAGAAUUUGGUUUUAAGCCAGCCUUUUCACAUCAUCGACAGCAGCUUUGUGUGGCUCAAACGACGAGCGAACAAAACAAUCACCAUUAUUUUUGAUCGAUUUCAAAGCAUUAUUAUUCAAUUUGAAUUACAUUUACGUGACGCCACAUUCUGACAUUUUGGCAUUGGCCUGGAAUUUAUCUGCAUUUCCUUUUGAUUUAAUGGCAAGCGGGCAGGCGACCGAGGGAAUGUGCGCGCACACACAUACGUUAUGCUCGAUUACACAUAGCACAUCAUAUGUAGUAGCAUCACCAUUGAAAACCAAAUGCACGGUGCCACAAUAAUAACCCGACAGAGUCCAUUAAGCGAAUACAUGAGAGAUUGAACGAUAAUGGAAAUGAAAUGAGGUUUGGUACGAAUUCGUGGAAUUGUUACCGCAUGAGUCUGUGUUUCAUUUCAACUGAACGGCACUCGGUUGACAAGUGAGAAAGCGCCGCUGGCAUAUUUUCAUAUACUUCUUCAUUCUCUGUCUCUCAUCGGUGUAGUGACAUUAACAAUCAUUACCGUAAGUUCAUCGUUGGCACAAGAUUUGCGUUUUUUUUCGUCACAUUUGCGAGCUUUUAUUUUGUCAAGUAAAUUCUUUGCCAGUUUGUUGCGACCUUGGAUAAGACGUGAUUAGUUUGCUCCACGAAAUAAGUGUUUCGUGCCUUUAUGAAAAUGAACAAGCUCACCAAUUAGCCCAAUUUCAGUCGAAAUGCCACCGUAAAUCGGUCUAUUAAUAAUACAACCUGCCAUCGUGGUUUAUAUAAAAUAUAAAUACUCCCAUGCGUUCCCGAAUUUUCUUGUUAUCGCACGGAAAAGCUUGAUCUGUGUUUACUUCGUCGGAUAUCAAACCAAUUCAAAAUCGUUCGAUCGAACGGUUCAGCCAGAAAAUGUGGUAAAUUUCAAGCAAAAUUUGGUUUCAAAAAUUAUUGUGAAUAUCACCAUUCUGCAAUUUAAAAAUAUGUUGCACAUCUUCGAACAUUUGAACGCAUUUGCUCAUCGGCACCAGACCACCGCAAAAUCAUUCAAUCGAAAAUAGCACAUUUCCAAUUCACUGACCGAAUUCCUAUACUUUUGCACGGUUCGGAUCAAUAUUUUCCGUAUUUCAAUAAAAACAUUCUUGCAAAUCUAUGCGAAUUGCAGGAAUGAUAUAUGUAUAAUGGCGAAUUUAGAUAACUGCUUCGAAAGUUAAUCAAAUUAUUGCUUUUUUUGUUUUGUUUUUGGGAAUGGUUCGGUUCGAUUCGGUUUCAGCAAACGCAAUCGAAAUAACGUUCGCUAUUUAAUAAACGAUUUUCUGGGUGAGAAAGUGCCUUUGGUUCGGAACGUGAAUAUCAAAACCAACGGAAAAUAAUUAAACGCAACUCGCUUGCUGAAUGAAUGGAAAGCAAAGCAAAACAAAAUCACGUAGCCAUUUUAUCGAUGAUGAACAUUGGUUCAUAAAUAACAACAAACCAAUCGGAAUAAGAUUUUCUCCCGUAUGUUUGUUUCUUCUUCCCCCCUCGGUGUCUCUUUCUCUCUCAUUCUGCUCGACGGAUGUGUACAUUGGCCAAAUAUCCUUAACGCUUGAAUGAAUGUAGAUGAAUGAUAAGUCGUUAGUGAAUGAAAUACGAUUAAUUUUUCUGGUUCAUUUGUAUGGUCAAUGAUAGCAUUGGAAUACUUGCCGGAUAAAAUACGGUCAUUUUUCGUUUUUCUCCGUUUGCUUCGUGUUGCUUUGAUUUAUUUAGGCAUGAAUUCGAUGGCAAUUUUACUGCCGACUGAAUUAGAAUUCCAUUGAAAAAGUUUUGCCAUUAAAUAUUAAGAGAAAAAAAAAUAGUGACGGCAAUGGCAAAUACACAUACACACAAGGAUGAAGUGGAUACGAACAGGUGUCUGUUGUACAAGGCAAAGUUCAAAUAAAAUUCGCUUUCGUUCACACAGAAAUUAUGGCCAGUAGAGACAUGGUGAAUGGCUUGUGUAACAACGUAUUCAUACUAAUUUUCGGAUAUUCAUCAUUCUAAGUGGUAGCACGUGGCCAAUAAAUAAGUUUAAAUUUGCCGAUUACUUGGAAAUUCCACCGAAUAACUUAAAAUAAAUGCUCUGAAACGCCGGCCUUGUGUAAUUCCGUAUGCUGUUGAUCGAAUAUUCAUGUUCGACAUCCAACAAUCGAUUUUAUUUCAAUUCAAUAUUCGAAUCCUGAUCAUGAACCACACCACAUUUAAAUUCACAUAAAAAAAACAUUCCCCAUUUUACACUCUCAUGAAAACCGACAACCUUUGCCCUUAAUAUGUGUUGUCACAAAUGAGGCAGUUCAAAGCGGAUAAAUGAAUUCUAUUUCGUAGCCUGAUUCACAUGCAUCAUUUCUUUCAUUCACUUCUUGGUAUUUCCUCUAAAAAUACAUCGGUCUAAGUUAUUAUUUAUGUUUUCAAUCAAGACGAUUUGAUGGAUUCAUCCAUUCGAAUAAUCGUUGGAUUUUUUGCUCGGAAUUUACUUGGCAAAGUUCUCUUCAUAUCUUCCGGAUUACUCUACUUGUAAAUUGAUCAAUUUUACAAUUCACGAGUGAUUUUCUUUUUGCUCCGUUACAUGUUUCACAAAUUUUCAACGUUGACAUCAAACUGUUAACAAAGUCACAAAUACGAUUUCCAAAGCUCAUUUCAUUACCGCAAGCGGAAAUUGGCAGCUUCCGUUCCGAUAAAAAAAAAUAUGAUGUCAACAUGGAAAAAAUACACACUUGUUUCAGAUGAAAUCAGCAAUUUUCCAAUGAUAUUUAACGAUUUGUUCUACCCAUGGUUUUUCUUUCACAUUUAGAUGUUAAUCUUCGGUAUAAUGUUCCAGAAUCCAAUACCAAGCAAAAACGGAAAAAAUCCAAGCGAAAAAAAUGGAGCAUCAAAGUUUUUCCAUUAAAUAGAUUAACAUCGUUUGUGUUUUGAUGCGAGUGAACUUUGGCAACGAAAAAAAAGCGUUAUAAUUUCAUGAAAAUGAAAUAUUUGGAAAAUUGUAAAGUUUCAUAAAUCGAAAAAUGUGAAACUUUGUGAGAGGCAAACGUUUCGAUUAUGAGAAACUUUGAAAUGAGCAAAAAAUAGUAAAGUGGUAUGAGAGUGUACAACAAGAAUAGAAGAUAGAAUUCAAUAAUGUUUUGAAAGCACGUAUCAACAUUCGUCAUGUGCUGUUGGCCCGGCCCCUGCCAAUGGGCAUUCAUCAAGACUGACGCCUGCAUGGUUUUUAUUUCGAUGUUGCCGCCAUAUACUUCAAUAGAAAUCGGUUUUUUUCUUCUAAGAAGGCGAUGCCGGUGCAAGGUAGAAAAGUAUCAUUCUCUUUAUUUCCAACCUAUCUCAACAAAUCGACGAGAAUGUGAAACAUUCUGAAUUGAAUUUUUCAAAAAAAAAAUCAUUUCGCAUAACGUGUAUACAUAAUUUCAAAAGAGAGUUAGUGUGUGUAUGUUCUUCAGUAAAUGUUCGUCUAUUUAGUAAUCCAGUUAAAAGGGAAACUUUUUACUAGCUUCGAAAUUAGCCAUCUCAUCCUUGAAGUGAUUUCGCUUGUAACGUGUGUUGGUGGAGGUCGGCGGAAUGAGGUCGUUUUAAUGGCAUGUAAUCAGUUUUGAUUUCUAGAAUACGAUUCGCAAUGUAUUUUUUUCUUCUACAGCAAGUGGUUCCUCCUUGAUGUGAAUGAACGCCUAUUUCGUUGAAAGGAAUUCACUUUUGAUAUGAAAUUAAGGUAUUAAAGUCUAUGCAAUGCUUUGAAUCAAAUUCAAACCAGCAAAUUUCUAACAUUCCUCCAGCUACUAGAUACCUUUAAUAUAAACGAACGAACGAAUGAAAAAACGAAAAAGAAAGCAACGAAUGCUAACACAGUCCGUCUCUGACAGCCGCCAGCACAUAUUUGAACGACGUGCAUUUUCAACGCAACAGACUGUUGGUCCGAAAUGUGUGCUAACGAGACAAAAAGGUAUUUUAAUUCGUUUAUGUGCGACGUAGAAUAAAUCAAUAGACUCAGUUAGGUCAUGUUUGUGUGUGCUGCAGGUUGCAGCACGGCGUCAAUACAAAGGAGGCAGAAUAAAGAGCAAAUGUCAAGGUUUUAUUGUCACUUGAAUGAUAUUUAAUGAAAGAAAUGGCAAAAUGCGUUAUAUGUGUUUUUAUCAUUUGCUUUGUCAGUUGAUUUGGUUACCAUAAAAUGUAUGCGCCUUGCUUCUCGGGCGUGAAUGAAAAACAGAUGCGUUGCCGAAGCGAAUUUGAAUUAUGAUAAUGUUUUGUGUAAAUCUAUCUCUGUGUUUUUUUUUCUCGGUUAGGUGAAAUCUUAACUGAGGCGCCACACAAAAGAUAACAAAUUGAUUCCGUUUUUAGCCAUGCUGGCAUGUCUCCGAAACGCCUUUAUCAGACAUUGUAGGGCGUACAAGUUCAUUUCAGGCGCCAAUUCCAUUUUUGUCGCCAGAACGAGGUUAUUGUGCUUUUUUGGUGUUCAACAAUGAAACAUAUUGCAGUGUGAUGAAUGCUUGCCGAUUCGAAAUAACACCAAAACAAGACUGAACCAUUUCAGUUGGCCCGGAGCACAUUCUAAAUCCACGGCAUUUAUUGGAUCAAAAUUGACGAGCACACCCAUUGAAGCAAUUUAUUUGUUUUUAAUUGUUCUAAAAGUGUGUAAACAAUGUCAAAACAAAAUGUAAUAAAUAGACACAAUUAAGUGUCGAAUGGCAACCAUAACAAAAUGAAACAUAAUACGUAUUGUGUUAAUUGCCACUCUUUAUGAAUUGAAUUCAAAAUAAUUGAAUCGCUGUCUGGCGAAGCAAAAAUGAUUUACACAACCCAUGCAUAUUUGUUGUUCGCAUAACGGAUAAUUGAAUUGGAAUAUGAAUUUCCGCGGAAAAACCUCUUGCAAUAGCUAUUGUAAUCGGAUAAUAGUAAGUACGUUAAUAGUGAUUCAUAAAUAUUAUCGGGAAAAGCAUAAAACGCAAUCAAUUCAAAUCAAUAUCAACAUUUGGAAUAAAUGAUUUGGAAGAGAGGUAGAAAGAAGCAGGCAAUCGGUUUCGAAUAAAAACUACUUGUAAACAAAUACGAGAAGGAAAAAUAUGAAUGAAAUAUAAGAGCGUGAAUAAAGAGGAUUCACUUAGAGGCUAUUGUUGAUUGUAUCUAAAAAAGGAAUAAUGACAUGCAUUGAGAGUUCUCAGAGCCACACACACUCACUCACAACGAAAUGGACAACUCAUUACCCGAUAAAUAGUGAGCAUAUUGAAAUAGCAAUUAAUGAUUUUCUUUCCAUUUAUCAAUUUGAUUGUGUGCAUUCUUUUCUCUGAAGCUCAGUUCUGCUAAUAACAACCAUUAGGCAUAGACCAGACACAGAUUAAUCACUAUUUUAGUGACUGCCGUUCAUAGUUUUAUUCGAGAAUUUCGGAAUCAUCGACAACGAAUUGGCUUUUUUGAUCAUAGUAGCGACGCAUUUUAACGUCAUUUCGACACAAAAGUCGGGAGGGUUUCCAGAUGCCGUUGGUGCUAAGCAUCCCGCCCAGACAAUAUUUAUCAUCAUUUGUAGGUGACAGUGACACAAAUUGAAUUAAUCAACUGAAAA